AUGUCACAGUGGCAGGGGAUUGGCCAGGGUGACUGUGGAGUAAUAACGAGGACUGAGCCAAUGCACAGGGGCACUACACAGCUGCCCGAGAAGGGGCGCCCCGUCAUUGAUGCACAACGUGAUGCUCUAAGGAAGGAGGACGAAGCAGCACUGACACAGAACGCAGGGGAUGUCCUGCACACGGUUGGAAAGCUCCUGCAAGGACAGCUGUCCGGAGACAAUGCAGAAAAUCGGGAGAGCAUACUGAAUGCCCUGAAGACGAUUAAUACGGCCGUCUUGGACCCAAAUGAUACUGAGCAGUACUUCUUUGUCAUGUUACUCAAGAUAAUAGCUGCAACAGUUAUCAGCACCAGUGUAUCAACUGGUGUAGCCAUGGAAGUGGACAAAGCGUUAAAGAAGGGCGUCAAGAAGAGCGGCUCAGGAAAAUGAUUUGCGUGUCUGACCAAGCAAAUAAAACAUAAUUCAA